UGUAUGUAUAUUGGUUGAUUGUUCUACCCCUGUUCCCACUCUCCCUACCCCCCGUGUUCUGUGAUUACCGGGACUUCUCAAGUACCGCAUCAGUUCAGACUGAUGUCGACGGAACAGGACACCGGGGCACUGCCACGACGCAGUGCCAGAAUCGCAGUUCGUGCCCGCCCUGCAGUACCUCCAAGACCGAAGAAACUCAGCAGGCGGACGACUCCAGCAGCAUCAAGUAGGGCAUUGACAGUACAAGACGCCACGGGAGAUCAUCCCGCAUACCCAGUCCGAGGAGCCAAUGAGCCAGCGGCUGAUUAUCGUGGGCGGCUACUGGCAUUUUUAGAAGCCGUAGUUGCCGUCGAGGCCCGGAAGGAGACAGCAGAGGCAGAACGUCAGCGGCUAGCCAAUGAAGCGGCAGCCGAAGCUCAGCGAACGACUGAGACUGACGCAGCGACACGAGACAGACGGAAUGCCAGCAGCACGGAGUCCUUGAUUGCUUGUGAGCAUCAGUGGACGACGAUACUCCAAGACAUGAUCUUUGUGCCUACAGAAGCGCAGGCAGACCCGACACCGGCGGAGGCAGAGAGAAGUAACCUGGCUAACUUGCUGCUGGGCAUGAUGAGAGGUAUUAUAUGGAAUAAUACACUGCUGCAGUCACAUCUGCGCACGGAUGCGACACAGCGACAAACAUACAAGAAUGAUAUCACUACGUUAACAACUGCUAUCCGCACAGAGGCAAUACAGCAGCAGCAACAGCAUCAACUGUUGAAUUCCACUAUCACACGCGUCAACAGCAUAGAGGCUAACACCUCAACAGCGCCAGGCUGCACGACAGACGUGACGAAGCAACUCAACGAGCGCAUCGAUCACGUCGUCACCAUCAUCGGCGACAUAAAUGCCGCACUUCGACAUCAGCAAGUUCGCGAUUACAACAAGUCGGACGCCUUGUCAUGGUGGCAACGCUUCCUCACGGAAGCAUCAUGCCGCAUGGUCCCGGCGGACGGCAUGUUGAAGGCACUAUAUCUGCAGCUGAUUGGAGGAGCGCAGGGAUGGAUGAACCACCUAGCGGCUACACACAAGUGCACUAUCGCCGAACUCCACACGCACAUUACGUGGAAGGAGUUCGAGCAGCUAUGGUUCACCCGGUUCAUGGUCCGCAACGUCGUGAAGGCGGCCAUGAAUGAGGUGUACACAUGCUCUCAAGGGAACAUGCCAACUCGAGACUGGACAACGAAGUGGCAAAAGAUAGUGACCACAGCAGGUUUCGACUUGACGUUUCCAAAUCAACGAUCCGAGUUCUUCUCGCGAUCGUGCGCGGGAUUGCGGUCGGCACUCGGUAAUGAGUACGACUAUACCACAUUCCAGGCCAUCCUGGAUCGAGCGAACUUGGUCAUCCAAAUGGACGACAAGGCCGCUAACGAGAGACAAUCCCAGCCGCACUAUGUGGCUAAGCAGACCUAUCAACGUCCGACACAUAACAAUGCCGUGUUUUCUGAAGAAAUCGACGACCACCACGCUGCGACAACAUCCUCGAGUGAUGGAGGAAUUGUCGCAGCGCUCCCGCCGAAGCAUCUGAAGAGAGUUCGCAAGAAUAAGGCGACACAAGGGACAGCGGCGACGGGAGCUGGGCAGCAGCCAUGGAUGGCUUAUAAGAUCACCAAGGAGGUCUAUGACCUACGUCAGAAGUACGCAUACUGCCUUUGGUGCAACAGCGUAGUACACACUACCGCACAAUGCCCAGACAAGGGCAAGGCACGCGUACCCCGUCCAGCCAACUCGGGAAACUGAGUUACGCAAGGAGAGGGGCGACGUCUCCCCUCACUCCGCCGGACCCGGUUGCCUUGCUAGCAAUCGAUGUCA